AUGGCCUCUACUCCGAGCUCUCUGAUCUCGCACAAUGAGGUGACCAUCAUGGGGGACAAGCGCAAUGCCCCGGGAAGGCAGCUGUGUCAUGUGACACUCUUCUGGUCUGGCUUGUUGGGCAAGACGCUGGCCAACAGCAACAACCGGAGGCUCAUUUGCAAAGUUGGGGCUGGCAGACCUCCAGAGGCAGGUGCCGCCCCAGCAGGGUACCCUGUGCCCCUGGUGGUUGCCGCUCCAGCUGAGAAGGAAGCAGAAACAAAGAACGAAGAGCCUGAGGAGUCUGAUGACAACAGGGGGCUCUGGCUUUUUGACUAA